GUCAUAUGUUACAAAUCAAAAGUGUCAUUUUCAAAAAAAUAUAAAACAGUCUUCCGUUGAAUGUUUUUUUUUGUAUAUCGAAACACAUGCCGAAUUAAGAGGUUUUAAACAGUUUGAAAGCUGCCCAAGAAGUACUUUACGGUCACAAUGGACAAUUCAGACUUUUUUCCUGAAGCUUGUUCUACUGUAAAUAGAAAAAAGAAUAAAAACAGGCCACCCAGUAUUCAAAGUUAUUUUGAGGAGAAUGAUUCCUUGUGUUCAAUAAGGAAUAGUAGUAUUCCUAAAGCAAAUUCUAUGUCUGAAUCUAGUUUUCAAUUAGAGGAACAGAGACGUUUGGCUAGGACAUCACUUCAAAGAGCAACCAAAGUUUCACGGUUGCCAUCAAAAUAUUAUCAAGCGAAUUUAACUGAAACAGUUUCACAAACAGACAUUUGUAAUGACAGUACUGUCAAUGAAAGUGAUUUACUUCAUACUCCAAAGAAGGCUUCUACACCUCGAACAUCUUUGUCUCUUUUAAAAGAAUCUCUAGCUCAAAUGUCUUAUAAAGCCACUGAUAGCAAUUUUAGUAUAGAUAACUUGGUUAGUGAUUUUAAAAAUGUAUUUAAACAAACUGAUGAACAAAGUAGUAAUCUUUUUACACCUGCAGAUGAGGCAUGUAGUAUGUUAUUAGCUGAUGAAUUAUCAUGGAGACAAAAGAAUGAAAUGCCUGUUCAAGAAGAACAAUUUUCAACUUUAAAUAAUACAGGAAAAGAGUCAAUAGGAUCAUUUUUUCAAAAAGGAUCUAAUACAUUAUCAGAUUUUCCCUGCGAGAGUCCAAAUAUAACUAGGGAACCUAUUGCACUCAUAGAACCAUCAUUUAGUCUUAUAGGAAGAGACUUAUCUCAACAAGAUAAUGAGAAAAAAAGUUUAAGUAUAUCCGCAAUACAAAAAUUCCUAUCAUCAGAAGAUACACCCAAAAGAACUGUAUAUAAUCUUUGUAAAUUCACUUCUGAACCAGACAAAAAUGUUAAUUCAGAAAACAUAAGUUUCUCACUACCAGUUAGUAAAGAUUCAUCAUACAACAGUGAUCAUUCCGAAAAUGAAUCAAUGAAAUUAAUUUGUAAUAAAGAAAAUGUUAAUUCAUUGAACACUAAUACAUCACCUUCUUCCAGAACAUCAUCUAGGGCUUCAAGUGCAUUAACUUCUCUUCCAAACGGCAAAUUACCCAUAGAAACCUCAAAAUGUGACCUAAUUUGGGGCUGUGUUAAACUGGGGAAAUCUGUCACCCAAGAGUUUAUGAUUAGAAACAAAUCUGCAAAAAGACUUGGCUUGCAGUUAACACUCUGUAGUCAAGAAUUUAAGUUAAGGAAAGAUAAUAGAAAUGACAGUCAGCCUUUGGGUUCAAAUAAAAUAAUACUGCAUCCACAUGAAUCUAAAUCUGUAAUAGUAUCUUUUAUUCCAACACAAAUAGGUGCAGCAAUAGAUGAAUUGUAUUUUACUUCACUCGAUUCUAAUAUCAAUCAAAUUAAAAAACAAUGUGUUAGAUUAUUUGGAUAUGGUGGAUCUUUAAAAGUCGAUUUUCGUAAUUUAACUAGAGAUACCACAGGAAAAUUCUGGCUUUCUCUUGGAAAAUUGGAUGAUAGAAGUAUUAUAACAUCGCAAUUUUAUGUUAAAAAUAAAGGGGAUGUACCGGUUUUCAUCCACAUUUCUAUUAAUUCUUUGGAAACUUCAAAACUUGAUGUUAAUCCACAUUUUUUCACUUUGCUACCUCAAGAAGAGAAAGAAAUUGUAGUGAGCUACAAACCUUCUAAUAAUGAUUAUAAUUUCCUACAUAAAUCCCUUCAUAGUACAAUGGUUGUAGAUUUAGGAGGUUUAAACAUUAUUUUUGGUGCUGAAGUUGAAAGGGGAAGAAUCAGGAAAAUAUGUGAGAAAUGUAAUGAAACCGGUUUAAAAAUAUCUCAAAUAGCAAACACCUUAAAAGAAAAGAUAGAAAGAGAAUGUAUGCCUGUAGAUUUAGUUAAAUUUAAAGAACCACCAGGUCAUCUACAAGAAAUUAUCAAUUUAUUAACUCAUUAUCAAAUUGUUUUAACUCUUGAAAGAGAUCCUGAACAAACAAUUAUUCAACAAUAUCCAGAUGAAUCUGCUUUAUAUCAAUCUUUGUAUCAAGACACUACAGUUGUUUGUAAUCAGUCUGGAAACCAACACUCAUGUUAUGUGGCACCGACAAUUUUAGUAUUAACAAUUCCUUACAAACAUAAAGAUACUAUAUUUUUACAAUCGAAUAAUCAAAAUAAACUAAAUUUUAUUGCCAGCUGUCAAGAAAAUGAUUUAGAAUUAAAACCAAGAGAAGGAAUUCUGGAUUCUUAUGGUACAGUUACUAUUAGUGUAAAAUACAUUUCUACAUCUGUAACUGCAAAAAAAGAUUUUAAAAUUGUAAUAAUUGUUGAAAAUGAAAUAUUUGAAGUUGAAGUGAAAGUAGAAUUUCUUGGAUCAGCUAAGAAUAAAACUAAGUCCGUCCUUAAUUGUAUGAUUUAAAAUAGAUGUAUUGUUUUUUUAAUUCGUGACGUUUAAGCCAAAAUAUACUUGAUUUUAAUGUUUAAGAAAUGUUAAUUUUAAAAUUUCAAAUUUUACACACUGACCUAUUUAUUGUUUGUUUUUUAUUUAUUUAUAUGUAUAGUUUGUUUAGUUGAAUAUAAAGUAUGUACUGAAAUUUACAACAAGGUACAAUUAAAUUAUUGGAAAAAUACACAUUUUCUUAUGUGCUUUCUAGAUA